CACUGAAACUCGUUCUAUUUAAAGGAGGAAGAACGCAACGUGCAUCAGAUUUGUGUUCAGUGUUAGAGUGAGGAAGUGUGAAUGAGACGCAGAGAGACGUUCCAGCGAGUCGACGAGUGAAGAGCCAUGUGCAGGAAGACGAAGAGGACGACGCCGUGUUCCUCUGUGGAGGUUCUGCUGAGCACCGUGACCGUGCUCUUGUUUACGGUGUGUAUCGGGCUCAUCGUCGUGACCUCGUUAGCGCUCCAAUCAGGUAACGAAGGACAAACAGGAAGCAGCAAUUCUUCGUUCAGUGGAACUCUGACCAUCUCAGAGGGAGCGAGUUUCACUGAGGAGCUCAGGAACAGGAGCAGCGUGCAUUUUAAAGCUCUGGCCUUUGAUACGGAGCUUCUGAUCGCAGACGCGUAUGAGCUCAGCUCAUUAAACACACAGUUCAGGAGCUGCAGAGUGACCGACUUCAGUCAGGGCAGUGUGGUCGUACACUUCACCCUGCUGUUCGAGGAUGUUGUGGGAGUAACAACGGUGCAGGAGCAGUUAAUCUCCGGUUUACAGAAUAUUCCAGACUCAACGCUUGUCAUAAACAGCAGCAGCAUUCACGUCACAGACACUUCCACCACACAGACUCCCCCUACAACUACACCUGAACCAGUAGCAUGUCCUAAUGGACAGAGAUUGUGCAGAGACAAUGUGACGUGUGUUCCUACAACCCAUUUCUGUGACGGAGUAGCGAACUGUCCUGACGCCUCCGACGAGUCUCACAGCACCUGUGCGACGGUGUGUGAUGGACAGUUCCUCCUGCUGGGGCCGAGUGGAUCUUUCCACAGUGAUAAUUUCCCCCAGGAUUAUGACAGUGGUACAGUCUGCCGCUGGAUCAUACGUGUUGAUGAAGGUCUGAGCAUAAAGAUCGACUUCGUGACUUUUGAUACGGAGCAAGAAUUCGAUGUUCUGAAUGUGUAUGAGGGAACAGGAACUGCGAAAACACUGCUGUACUCGCUGUCAGGUUCGUCUCCUGGAAUUGUUUGGAUUAUUUCCCACGAGGCCACAGUGAUGUUCGUAUCUGAUGUCAUGAACAACCAGCGAGGCUUUAAUGCCACGUACCAAGCGGAGAACCUCACACACCUCAGCAAUGAGGUGAAGAUAAACUGCUCGUUUGAGGAGGGGUUCUGUUUCUGGAGACACGACCUCGAUGGUGAUGGAGAGUGGAUGAGGAAGAACGGAACUUCUUUUCCUUUUCUGAACGGGCCGAGCUUCGACCACACGUUCGCUAACGAGUCCGGGUACUACAUCAUAACGCCGGUGAGUCCCGGGAGCUGGGAGAAGAUUUUCCGUCUCCGCAGCCUCCCGUUGGAUCCCGCAGCAGAAGCGAUGUGUUUGAGAUUCUGGUAUCACAUGUACGGCGAGGAGGCCCGGAGUCUGAGGGUAAGCGCAGAGAGAGACUCGAACGUCACACUCCUCUUCCAGAAAGAGGGAAACUACGGAAACAACUGGAACUACGGACAAAUAACCAUAAACGACACGACAAAUCAAACAAUCGUAUUUGAAGCGCGAAAGACUGGAGGCACGAGGAACAAUAUUGCACUGGAUGACCUCAGCAUGACCUCUGGGCCGUGUGGACCAGCACCACCGGACCCGACCACCGUCCCGGUCCUGACCACGCCUCCUCCAGGCCCGGCUGAUUGUGGAGGUCCGUUUGACCUUUACGAACCAAACACGACCUUCAGCUCACCAAAUUAUCCUCACGGCUACAGACCUGGUGCAUCAUGUUUGUGGAUUUUACACGCUAAACCAGGACAAAAUAUCCAACUGCAUUUCCAGGAUUUCUCUCUAGAGGUAGGGUACGACGUGGUGGAGGUUCGCAACGGAGUCGAGCCGCAUUCGACUUUACUGAGUGUGUUAACGGGCGAACGGCAUUUUCCUGACCUUUUCUCCACGACCUCUGAGAUGACGGUGAUGUUUUUCUCCGAUUCUUCCGGAAGUGAUCGUGGAUUUCUCGCUAAUUUCAGCACAGGCUUCAACCUCGGCCAGCCAGAGGCGUGUCAGGCUGAUGAGUAUCAGUGCAGAUCCGGAGUGUGUGUCGCCGCUGCCAGUGUGUGUGACGGCGUCAGUAACUGCCCCGACGCUUCAGACGAGGCAAACUGUGUGCAUUUAACAGGAGCAGAUUUUCCCGGAGCUCCUCGUUUGAAGAUUGAGAUUCAGAGGCGUCUCUACACGGCGUGUUCCUCCGACUGGAGCUCUCACGCCUCCGGAUACUUCUGCAGAUACUUAGGCUACAGAUCAGGAAACGCGUCGUUCGUGUCUGCUCUGGGGGAAGAAGCUCCGUUCGUCAUUGUGUCUCAGGCUGCUGACGGCUCAGUGGAUGUGAAACCCAGUGAAAAAUGUCCCAGUGAGAAGGUCGUAUCGCUCCACUGCGAUAACCAACCGUGUGGAAAGCGGAAGGUGGUAAUAAACACAGAGUCGGGCUCGUCCGGGAGAGAAACGAGUGAAGGUGUGGAAGGGAGGAUUGUGGGAGGAGAGGACGCGGUGAAGGGGGCGUGGCCGUGGAUCGCCUCGUUACGCUGGACAGGACGAAGCGUCUGUGGAGCCACGUUAAUCGACUCGCAGUGGCUCGUUACGGCCGCGCACUGCGUUUACGGGAAGAACAUUCACCUGUCCAACUGGAACGUGAUUUUGGGUCUUCAUGCUCAGUACGAGUCCGACACUUCAGACAGACAAAAUCAUAAAAUCGACCAGAUUAUCAUGAACCAGAACUACAACAAAAGAACGAAAGACUCAGAUAUCGCACUCAUACACUUACAGAACAAAGUCAACUUCACAGAUUACAUCCAGCCGAUCUGCCUGCCGGAGUCCGAUCAGCAGUUUGCAGCAGGAAGAAAGUGUGUGAUCGCAGGCUGGGGCACAUUAACUGAAGGAGGUGUUGUAGCUGAUGUAUUACAGCAGGCCGUGUUGCCCCUCAUUAAUAACAGCGAGUGUCAGGCGAGACUUCCUGAAUAUAACAUCACUGAACGGAUGGUGUGUGCGGGAUACCCUGAGGGCGGAAUCGACACCUGUCAGGGUGACUCUGGAGGGCCGUUGAUGUGCGAGGAGGAUGGAUUCUGGGUUUUGGUGGGUGUGACGUCGUUCGGCGUGGGCUGCGCUCGACCUGGACGUCCCGGAGUUUACGCACUGCUCUCACAGUUCACAGACUGGAUACUGGAAACUCGACGUCUGUACGCACACUGGGACGGAGCGAGAUGAGGACAUAGUGGCAGGGACGUUGAAAAUAUUGUUAAUUUCUAAAUAGUAUAUUGUUAUUUUUCAGAUGUAAUCUUGACAUUCACGCUAAUGUUCAAAUCUCACUUGUGUUCAUUAAGUUCUCAGUUCAUUAAAGAACAGCAAAUAAUAGAACCCAAAGCUACUCUGAUCAGGUGAUGACUGUUUUAUUAUUUACGCUUGUA